CUGUUGUUUUUUUUCCCUCCUCCUUUCCUGCUGGCUUAAAGAGCGAAGUAUUUGAGCGGGAAAUGGCUUUUCCGCCUGGGGCCUAGCAGGGCUGGAGCCGCCAAAGGGAAAAGACCGGAACGUGCCGUGCGUUGCUCGGCGGUGGCUCCCGCGGCGCGCUUCUUAGUCAGGGUCCGGCGCCAAAGGGACGGGAGCGGAGCAGGAAUCACCCAUUUGGAAAGGGAAAGCUAUGAAGAAAACUUGUUCUUUGCCUGAAGUUGUUGGCUGCUCUCUGGAAAAAGCUAUGACCAACAUUUCAAGCCACCAUUCUAUUUUUGAGUAGACGUAUUCGUCCAAUAUUAUCAGGAUGCUGGGUGCAUGUGGCAUGCAGAAAUGUCACCAAGAAAUUCUCAGAAAGAACCGCGUAUCCCUAGCAAGUCAACUAGUAUUGAAGGAACUAAUGGAACAUCUUAUAGAAAAAGAUAUUAUCACAGAAACAAUGAUGGAGAUGGUACAGGCGAAGUCUGGAAAUUUUAGCCAAAACAUAGAAUUAUUGAAUUUGCUUCCGAAGAGGGGCCCCAAAGCCUUUUCAGCCUUUUGUGAAGCUUUACGAGAAACUAAACAACAGCACUUGGAAGAAAUGCUCUUGAGCACUAUCCCCUGCCAUAGGACUGAGGCUGUAAAGCGACCUCAUUGCUAUGAUCAAAGUUUACCGUUUCCAGUGCCUGAAUCCUGUGUAUCCCAGAAAAGACUAUAUCAGAAUAAUGCACUGCCUAUGGAGCAUUCAUUAGAUGAUGGAGAUGGCCCUCACUAUUCUCAGGUGAAACCAUGCACUCUAGAAUUUUAUCGCACACAUGCACACUUGGCGUACAAGUUGAAAUCUCACCCACGAGGCCUGGCUCUUAUCCUUAGCAAUGUGAAUUUCAGCAGUGAGAGUGAGACUGAUCUAGAGUUGCGGUCUGGAGGAAAAGUAGACAAUGCUGCUCUAGAUAUACUAUUCAAGCAUCUUGGAUACCAGGUGGUUGUAAAACAUGAUCAGACUGCACAGGAAAUGAAAGAACAGUUGGAAAUUUUUUCCAAGCAUCCAGUUCACCAAAACGUAGACUCCUGCAUAGUAUCACUUCUUUCGCAUGGCAGAGAGGGUGGAGUCUACGGAGUGGAUGGGAAGCUACUUCAGCUGCAGGAAAUUUUCAGUCUUUUUGACAAUGCAAAUUGUCCUAGUCUUCAAAAUAAGCCUAAAAUGUUCUUCAUCCAGGCGUGUCGGGGAGGUAUAAGCGGAACCCAUUUCACCUCCCUGCCUUGCUGUUGCCACUACUUCUCUCUUGCUACAAAUCAUAACUAAGUGGAAUUUACCGCUAAAACCAGGGAUAUUUCAUCAGAGAAAGCAGGAAUCCAGUGUGUGCCUUGCACAGAACAACCGUGAACUGGAUGCAAAUCCCUUGGGCUAUGCACUAGUUUGUGGUUAAAUAAAUGAUAUUUUUUUAUUAUUGUAGUAUUUUACAGUAUUUUGGUACUGCUGCAUUACCGCACAACUCCUAGAGGUUGCAGUAUCUCUAUUAAAAAUAAUAAAGCCAGUACAUAAAAUACAUGAAUACCAAAUUCUCUGUGGUGUCUGUUAAUAGCAAUAAGCUGUGAAUUAAAAGCCAUAUGAAACAGUUCAGACUUCUGAUAAUGCCAAAAAGCAUACUAUACUUUGUGGAUAAAAUACGUUAUUAAAGAGAAUCCUUCAGUUAUUUAUAGCAGCUUUAUGCACUGUCUUGCUUUCAAAUACAGAUCUAAACCCAUUGAUGCCAGGAUUCAUAUUAGCAUGAAUAUUUUCUGAAAUCUCUCUAGAAGUAUUUAGGAAAUGACCAAGGGUAUAAGUAAAAAAGGACCUCAUCAUAUCCUUACACUGGGAAAUCAAGCACUCUGACUAAACAGGUUACUUUAAACAUUUCAAAAUUAUUUAUUUGGUAUAAUUAUAAAAAUUGAAGAGGCUUAUAAAAUAUGUUGUUCAAAAAUGCCUCUGCGGAUUAUCCUGAAGAUAAUUUUGGGGUGUAGUAAAGCAAGUAGAAUUUACAUUUGUUUCUUUGACCCAAUUUUAAUUUAAUUUGUUAAUUUGCACUUUAAAGUUGACUAUUUUAGUCUGUUUUUCCUUUUUACAUCACCUGUGUUAAUGUUUUUCAGUGAAUAAUAAACUGGAUCAAGAAAUUUAGCUAGGACAACAUGAGUAAAUAAACUCAGGGCUAAUCUUUUAAUUUAGUUGGAAAUAAUGUACAGAAAGAUAGCCCAAGCCAAACCCUAAAUCACUUAAUGGCUUGAACUUGUAACAGAAGUCAGGAAAGUAGACUUGCAUAGUGUGCUAAGCCGUAAACUAUGACUCAGAAGCCAGAGUAAUUAGAUGAACAUCUUGUGCUAAGCUAGAAUCUUCCAAACGACUUUAUGCUAUAGCAUGAUUUGUGAACAUAGCCUCAGUUUCUUCGAUUAGGGUUAAGGUUGAAAUGGAAGGCCUUAGAAGAAACACACAAAGGAUCUAUGUUCCUUUUCUCUGACAUUCAUUAUGGAAAUUUAUUUUAUUUAAACAGUUUAUUUGCUCGUGUACCAAAGGGGGGGGGGGGAGAAAUCAAGAUUUUUUUUAUAACCUAGCUUGUACACAUGUACAUGUGAAUUCAUCUCCAAGAAAUUAAACAUUUGACUUAGAAACUGUGUUAGCUGGUCUGUUUAGCUUUAUGUUACUAAAACUAUAAAAUAAAGAACGACUUUAUGUCAUUAUGCAAACCUGAUAUUUGAUACUUAUUUUGAUUACCAUAUUGUUACAUUGUCUAAAUGCAUGGAGGCUUCUUGCUUGUCCUACUUUGAUCCAAUCUUCCAUAGCACACUGCUGCUGCUUCAAUAUUGCAACUCCUACUGCGAGGCGUUCAUCUGUCCACUAGCUGCUGUUUCCUUCCCAGUAGGUGUGGACUGGCUCCUGCUGUUUAGUAACCUUGCAGCUGGAAUGGAGUGGUUAUGUCUAUUCUACAGUCUUGCUGCCAGUAAAUACUGAAUGCUUGGAUUUAUUUCAUUUUAAAGGGAAAGGGAAAAGAAGGAAGGUUAAUUUAGUUAAGAAUAGCAAAGGUCAGCAACAGCUCCUUACUUUCUCUAGGGGCAUCUUAUGAUUUCACCAUUAUGAACUGGUUUCAAACUGAUUAUAUUAAAUAUAAAUAGCAAUAGGGUAAGUAUACAAUUUAAUAAUAUGUGCCUAAAGCAAUUUCAAAACACUUGGCACUGUGGGUCCAGCUGUAUGUAUAGCCUUAUUAAUACUUAGCAUGCAACAAGAACAAUGGGCAAGAAAAACCCGCCCCAAGAUAAAAUGGAAGUAAAUAAUGAUAAAACUAGCUUUGAAAAUAACCUAAUAGCCUAAUAACCAUUUUUUGGGGUGGGGGAGGAACUUACACUAUUAGUAAAAUGAACACUUGUCUGGACUGAAUAGAAAAGGAAAGAUUUUUGGAGCAGAAUUAGCUGAAUUUGGAUUUGCUGAAAGAAUAAUUAAAAGAAAGGAAAUAUAAAGGUAUACCGAGUAUAAGUUUUCUCUCCAUCCGAAGCUCUUGAAAAUAUGGUUACUUAGUUUAAAAAAUCACUUGUGUGGAGCAAAGACUAUAAGAAAGACUUAAUAUUUGAAACCUCUGAUGAAAGUUAUGGUUAUAAAUCAGCUAUUCCCCCUCAUUUUUCUCGCUUUGAUAUAUUUUCCAUAAAUAGAAAAAUAAUUUUUUUAAAUCCUGCCUCCAAUUUUAGAGCCCUCAAAAGCUUACCUUUUCAUUUUUCAAGAAUGCCUAUGAUGUCUUUAAAGUGUACCAUACAUUAAUAACUAUUGGUAUUUAAAACUAUUAAAACAAUAUUUAAAAUAAAUGCUUAAACUGACAGGUUGUUAGAUGAGUAUUAAAGGAGAUAAUGGCAUUUAUGAUGAUACAUAUAUCUAGUUACGUAUACUCUUGAAAACAGGUGAUUGAAGUGCUCUGGACUGUUUUAAGUAUUUCUGUAUACAUACUCAAAACUGAAUUCUCAGCAUACAUGAUGCAAUAAUAAAUCUGAGCAGUAUUGAAAACUUUUAUUUUUAAUUCCAGUUGUAUUCUUAGCUUAUUUGUAAAAAGCCUGUAUGUAGGAUUUCAUGCAUGUGUACAUUCUUUAACCAGCGCCAUACUGAUUGGAAAAUUUUCCCUUCAUAUAUUCUUUUUAAAAAAAAUAAGUAUAGAGGGUUUCCCACAGCUGAAAAUUCCUAAUGCUGUCUUGGAAAUAGCAACCACAAAGAGUGUAUUAGAAACACUGGUGACCUUUCUUUAACUGUUGGAAAUUGGAUACAAUAAGUAUGGAGGGAGGUUGGCAGCAGUUUUAUUGGUAAUUUUAAGGUAGCCUGUAGGCUCCUCUCCAUGUAGUUCAUACUAUAUUAGGAAUAUAUGGUGCCUUCAGAAUUCCCAUUAUUACAACCUGAUCUAUGAUGGCUGGUUCUGACAAUACAACAGGAUGUUUAAGUCUAGCAUAAAGUGAAAAUGUUAAAAAUUACAGAACUAGCUGCAAAAUUAAUAGCUUAUAGUUUUAAGAUAACUGGUGUGUAUAAGAUGAAAUGACUGAAUUCCAGUGAGUAAGAUUUCAUGUUUUUACAGCUGAAAAUAAUGCUCAAUUAAAAUUAAGACAAUUGUAGUUUGUAUAGUAAGAUGAUACUGAAAAAGUUUACAGCAUUAGAGACUGCAAAACUAAAAAUAAAAAAUUGGAGUAAAAAUACAGAUGUAGCAUUAAUCAGUUCUUGCCCAAUCUUACUGCUGGUGCAGUAUUAUAGGAGAUACUCAGAAAGUAAUCAAGAAAUAUAAAAUUGAUCUGUAUGGCUUGGCAAUUUAGAGAAUAAAGAAUAUCAAUACUGCGAACACCGUUGAAUGAGCAGUAGAGAAGGUUAUGUUUAAUAGUUUUAACUUGUCCAUCAUCACAAGGCCACAGUUGUUCUGGAAAGAUCUUCCGUCAAGUUCAGUUGAAGGGAAAGUAUUGCACUGAGCCAAAAUAAAAGCCCUUCUAUGAGAAAAAACUAAGUACUGAGUUUUACUGUGCCCUUUAGACUUUCAUGAUUUUUUUAAAAAAAGUGAUGCAUUUAAAUCAGAUUGGCACCCAAUAUCCAUUGUAUACUGCCUAUUAAUGGUUUUGACUUGUUCAUAGCCUAAGGCAGGAGUCCCCAACCCCCGGGCUGUGACCCACUACCAAGCCAUAGCCUGUUUGAGACUGGGCUGCAAAAGCAACUGGCCAGUGCACAUGCGCAUUGACUUGCAUAAGUGGCAGGUCGACGCAUGUACAGGUGUAGCAGCCCUCUGCUUGCAUGGGCCGGUUCUCCCCCCAUUGGGCCACCAAGCUGUAAAGGUUGGGGAUCACUGGCCUAGGGAGAAUAAGUGAUAGAGAAGAGUAAUUAAUGUUGGUGUCUUCAGUAAAAUUGCUUUAGUUUAAGGUUCAUCUCCCAGCAUUAAACUGGACAAGGUCCACAAGUACAGUGUUGGAAAAUGAAUUCCACUGAUCACCACAAAUGUGAGAUCCUUGGUGCUUUCUGAACUUGGUGGUUUUGUGACACGUUUUAUUACCAAACUAGAUAACAUCAGUGCUACAAGAGAAUGGCGUUUGCUUUCAUUGUAUAUACCAGUGGCUUGCCCUGUCAGUGUUGGUGAGAGGGGUCUUGGUAGUUCCUUGAUUAGGCAUUGUGUUAACUUAUUUGUCUGCAUUGGUAGUUCCUUGAUUGAUGUACUGACUGCGGUACCAGCACCGACAAACAAGCUAACAGUAAACAGGGAACCACCAGGAUCAUUCCCACCAAUACUGACAGGGCAAGCCACUAGUAUAUAAAACGAGAGCAAAUCCCACUGUCUUCUAGCACUGAUGAUGUUACCUAGUUUGGUAAUGAAAUGUCUGCAAGAAAUCCAUCAAGCUCAGAGAGCAUCAAGAACCUCAUAGUUCCAACUCUGAGUUACAAAUAUCCUCUUCUCUAUAAAUUGUACCAACUUUAGCUACCGGUAGUUGGAGCUACAAUAUCCUUCUUUAUUUAAAAAUAAAAAAUUCCCAGUGGCAACAAAAUGCUUGCUCAUUUUGGGCAAAAUAGCUUCCAUGAGCAUUCUGGGUACCCGAGUUUGAGAGACUAUGCCCAGAUAUUUAAAAUAUGAGACCUGCUCAAUGAUAGUCCUGUUUAUAUACCAGGGUUACCAAGACACAAGUAAGUCCCAUUGGGGUUCUAGAAAGGAUUCUUACAUCAUCUGGGCAGAGCAGAAAAAAGCUAUGCAGGAGGAAUGGGACAAUUAUGUUUAAUACCCUUCUGAGUUAGAACGGUACUUGAUAAAUGGCCUUAAGGGUUGCAUCUGACUUUCAGGGAUCUGCUAUUGUGAAGAUCAUGACUAAGAAACAAAAAUUAUUAAUUAACUGGGGAGGCUUUUGGUUUUUCUCAGAGUUUAACUCAAAUCAUAGAGUCAAGCGUGGACUUAAGUCAUGAGAAAAUUCAUAGAGCAAACCCUGUAGUGUGUAGAGUACCUCUUGAUUAGAUGUUGCAAGCACUGAUCAGUCAUGGAUUGACCUCUCCCUAAAGCCAGCCUGUCUCUCCAGUAGGUGGCUUCCCUUUUCUAGCCAAUCUCUUAACUUCCAACAAAAGCUUCUGAUAGAAAAUAUCCUAAGUAAACUAAAGGACUGCAAUUUACCAGUCAUAUCUCUUCUUUACUUUUAUUUUUGUUGCAUAUACUUUUAAUCUUAUCUACAUUGUAUUUCUGUGCUUGUGAAUGCUAUAUAAGGUUAAUAAGAAGGCUAGGGGACGCGGUGGCUCAGUGGCUAAGAUGCUGAGCUUGUCGAUCGAAAGGUCGGCAGUUCAGCGGUUCGAAUCCCUAGUGCUGCGUAACGGGGUGAGCUCCCAUUACCUGUCCCAGCUUCUGUCAACCUAGCAGUUUGAAAGCAUGUAAAAAAUGCAAGUAGAAAAAUAGGAACCACCUUUGGUGGGAAGGUAACAGCGUUCCGUGCGCCUUUGGGGUUUAAUCAUGCUGGCCACAUGAUCACGGAGACGUCUUGGGACAGCACUGGCUCUUCUGUUUUGUAACGGAGAUGAGCACCACCCCUAGAGUCGGGAACAACUAGCAUAUAUAUGCAAGGGGAACCUUUACCUUUACCUUUAAUAAGAGGUCUGUUUUAAGAAAAGUUGGUUUAUAUCGCACACAGCAAUAGCACCUAGACUUAUAUACUGCUCCAUAGUGCUUUACAGCACUCUGGGCGGUUUACAAUGUCAGCGUACUGCCCCCCAAAAUCUGGGUCUUCAGUUUACUGACCAUGGAAGGAUGAGUCAGUCUUGAAGCCUGUCAGGAUCAAACUCCUGGCUGCAGGCAGAGUUUGCCUGCAAUAUUGCAUUCUAACCAUUGCGACACCAGGACGACUAGUGAAUACAUAUAUGAAAGUCUGUAUCUAAGAAAUGCAUACUCAUUUAAUGGAGGAUUAAAUGAGUAUGCAUGUCAUUUAACAAAGAUAUAUAAUAGAGCUGCAUGGGUUUGAUCUUCUGAUCUUUUUUC